CAUCAUGGGCAGAACAAUAAGAAUAUUAAGCCUGCUUUUGCUGGCAUUAACUCGUGGACAUGCUGAAGACACCAGUACCACUGAGACCCAUACGGAAACGAAGACCACGGAAUAUGGACCCAUCAGUAUGGUGGUUGACCAGCUUGCGGACAUGGCAGUGGACGUCAGUGACAAGACCUCCUCACAACUGCAGGCGAAUAUAGAGCGCACAUUGAUGGACAUUACGGACAAUAUUGAUGCAAUGACCACCAAUGCCAUGGCAGAGAUGAGCAUUGCCAUCGAUGACACGAAUCAGCUGUUGAUGGCCAAUCCCAACUGCAAUGCCGCCUGGAAUAUGCAGGAGUUUACAAUCAAUGUGACAGAUCAGCUCAGAGCCUGCACAAUGCGGCUGAGCGGCAUGAUGGGAGCCUAUCGCGACGAUGGCCAACAGGUGCUGUCCAAUGUGCACAGCUUUGUACAGCAAAUGGCUCAGCUGCCAAUACUCUGUCAGAACCAGGCAAUGGGCGCGGCAAUAGCGCCCUUGGGUCUUAGCUUUGAUAACAGCAACAGUUGCUUUUUGCGUGGUAUGACUGUCAUCAAUCAAGGACUAGCUGAGGCCAUGCACAAUGCUUCCCUGCUGCUGGUGCGCACGCGCCGCCUGUCCCAGGAGCAAGUGGCUCGGUCGCAGCAAUGCAGCGAUGCGGUUGUUGCCCAGGUCAUUGAGUACCUGCGCGUUCAACGCGCCAAUUGUAGUUAAGCAGGACUCAAAUUAUGCAUAAGAGAUCACUUUUGGUUGUAACAUACCCAAAUAAAAACGACAAUUUAUGCACCCAAAGGAUAC